UGUGUCGGAGGAUUCAUAUACCGGCCUGUACCUGUGGCGUUAAGGUGUGGUGGGAGCAACACUAAGGAGGCGUAUUUCUAGCAUCCAUCAGAUAGAACAGGUGGACAGACCUUAAUCAUACCUUCUUAACAACAGCCACACAGGAGAGCCAUUGUGCCAACAUCUACAUGCGAUAAAACACCAUGAGGAACUGGAACAAGGCGUUUAUCGUUGUUUUCCUGUAUAGCUAUUGGAUUGAGCCCUGUACCAGCAGCGGCAAUGUGUCUGUACAUCUACUGGAAUACCACAAGUCAUCAGACACAGGAUGCAAGGGAGGACUCUUUUCAUCACAUCCCUGUGAUCUGCUGUUCACCUUUUGUCUCAAGGGUUUGUCCAAUAAAGGAGACUGCACAAAGAUGAGCGACCAAUACGAGGGCACACGGGACGCCAAAUUUGGGACUAGCAUUAAUGGCGGAAUAGCCAAUCCCAUCGUCAAGCCGUUUACUUCGUUACAGACAGGCGCUGUAUUUGAGGCUAAAGUGGGUGAUGAUUACUGGCUGUCAAGUACACCACUUCCUCUAGAUGACAUGACGACACCUCUACCGCCGUCUCACAAUGACGCCAACAUCACUCUUACUGACAAAGAUGCAAGGUUAACUCUGACCAUCACUGUGACCUGUGACCCCCACUACUAUGGACCCAGGUGUUCUGUCCUGUGUAACCCAGGACCAGCAGAUCACUACACGUGUGGCCCGGAUGGGACGAAAAGGUGCAUUAAAGGUGCCUGCAACAACGGAGGAAAGUGUAGAGUAGUUGGGUCAACAUUCAACUGUUCUUGUCCUGCAGGAUUUAACGGUACACAUUGUGAGACAACCCUCUGCACAAAGAAUACAUGUCAAAAUCAAGGAACGUGUCACUAUAUUGGAUCAAAGGUCACUUGUUCCUGCCAACCUGGAUUUAACGGCACACAUUGUGAGACAACCCCCUGUACAAAGAAUCCAUGUCAGAAUCAAGGAACGUGUAACCUUUCUGGAUCAAAGGUCACCUGUUCCUGUAAACCUGGAUUUAACGGCACACAUUGUGAGACAACCCCCUGUACAAAGAAUCCAUGUCAGAAUCAAGGAACGUGUAACCUUUCUGGAUCAAAGGUCACCUGUUCCUGUAAACCUGGAUUUAACGGCACACAUUGUGAGACAACCCCCUGUACAAAGAAUCCAUGUCAGAAUCAAGGAACGUGUCACUUUUCUGGAUCAAAGGUCACCUGUUCCUGCCAACCUGGAUUUAACGGCACACUUUGUGAGACAACCCCUUGCACAAAGAAUACAUGUCAGAAUCAAGGAACGUGUCAUUUUAAUGAGUCAAAGGUCACGUGUUCCUGUAAAUCUGGAUUUAACGGCACACAUUGUGAGACAACCCCCUGUACAAAGAAUCCAUGUCAGAAUCAAGGAACGUGUCACUUUUCUGGAUCAAAGGUCACCUGUUCCUGUAAACCUGGAUUUAACGGCGUACAUUGUGAGACAACCCCCUGCACAAAGAAUACAUGUCAAAAUCAAGGAACGUGUCACUUUUCUGGAUCAAAGGUCACCUGUUCCUGUAAACCUGGAUUGAACGGCACACAUUGUGAGACAACCCCCUGCACAAAGAAUCCAUGUCAGAAUCAAGGAACGUGUCAAUAUUCUGGAUCAAAGGCUACCUGUUCCUGUAAACCUGGAUUUAACGGCACCCACUGUGAGACAACCCCCUGUACAACGAAUCCAUGUCAGAAUCAAGGAACGUGUCACUUUUAUGUAUCAAAGGUCACUUGUUCCUGUAAAUUUGGAUUUAACGGUACUCUUUGUGAGACAACCCCCUGUACAAAGAAUCCAUGUCAGAAUCAAGGAACGUGUCACUUUUCUGGAUCAAAGGCCACCUGUUCCUGUAAACCUGGAUUUAACGGUACACAUUGUGAGACAACCCCCUGUACAAAGAAUCCAUGUCAGAAUCAAGGAACGUGUCAUAUUGUUGGGUCGAAAGCCACCUGUUCCUGUAAACCUGGAUUUAACGGUACACAAUGUGAGACAACGCCCUGUACAAAGAAUCCAUGUCAGAAUCAAGGAACGUGUCAUAUUGUUGGGUCGAAAGCAACCUGUUCCUGUAAACCUGGAUUUAACGGCACACAUUGUGAGACGACACCCUGUACAACGAAUCCAUGUCAGAAUCAAGGAACGUGUCAUAUUGUUAGGUCGAACGUCACCUGUUCCUGUAAACCUGGAUUUAACGGCGUACAUUGUGAGACAACCCCCUGUACAAAGAAUCCAUGUCAGAAUCAAGGAACGUGUCAUAUUGUUAGGUCGAAAGCAAUCUGUUACUGUAAACCUGGAUUUAACGGCACACUUUGCGAGACAACCCCCUGUACAACGAAUCCAUGUCAGAAUCAAGGAACGUGUCACUUUUCUGGAUCAAAGCUCACCUGUUCCUGUAAACCUGGAUUUAAAGGCACACAUUGUGAGACAACACCCUGUACAAAGAAUCCAUGUCAGAAUCAAGGAACGUGUCGUAUUGUUGGGUCGAACGCCACCUGUUCCUGUAAAUCUGGAUUCAACGGCACCAACUGUGAGACAACACCCUGUACAAAGAAUCCAUGUCAGAAUCAAGGAACGUGUCAUAUUGUUGGGUCGAAAGCAACCUGUUCCUGUAAACCUGGAUUUAACGGCACACAUUGUGAGACAAGCCCCUGUACAACGAAUCCAUGUCAGAAUCAAGGCACGUGUCACUAUUCUGGAUCAAAGGCCACCUGUUCCUGUAAACCUGGAUUUAACGGUACACAUUGUGAGACAAGCCCCUGUACAACGAAUCCAUGUCAGAAUCAAGGAACGUGUCAUAUUGUCGGGUCGAACGCCACCUGUUCCUGUAAACCUGGAUUUAACGGCACACUUUGUGAGACAAGCCCCUGUACAACGAAUCCAUGUCAGAAUCAAGGAACGUGUCGUAUUGUUGGGUCGAACGCCACCUGUUCCUGUAAAUCUGGAUUCAACGGCACCAACUGUGAGACAACCCCCUGUACAACGAAUCCAUGUCAGAAUCAAGGAACGUGUCAUAUUGUUGGGUCGAAAGCAACCUGUUCCUGUAAACCUGGAUUUAACGGCACACAUUGUGAGACAACCCCCUGUACAACGAAUCCAUGUCAGAAUCAAGGAACGUGUCACUAUUCUGGAUCAAAGGCCACCUGUUCCUGUAAACCUGGAUUUAACGGCACACAUUGUGAGACAACCCCCUGUACAACGAAUCCAUGUCAGAAUCAAGGAACGUGUCAUAUUGUUAGGUCGAACGCCACCUGUUCCUGUAAACGUGGAUUUAACGGCACACUUUGUGAGACAAGCCCCUGUACAACGAAUCCAUGUCAGAAUCAAGGCACGUGUCACUAUUCUGGAUCAAAGGCCACCUGUUCCUGUAAACCUGGAUUUAACGGUACACAUUGUGAGACAAGCCCCUGUACAACGAAUCCAUGUCAGAAUCAAGGAACGUGUCAUAUUGUCGGGUCGAACGCCACCUGUUCCUGUAAACCUGGAUUUAAAGGCACCAACUGUGAGACAACACCCUGUACAAAGAAUCCAUGUCAGAAUCAAGGAACGUGUCAUAUUGUUGGGUCGAAAGCAACCUGUUCCUGUAAACCUGGAUUUAACGGCACACAUUGUGAGACAAGCCCCUGUACAACGAAUCCAUGUCAGAAUCAAGGCACGUGUCACUAUUCUGGAUCAAAGGCCACCUGUUCCUGUAAACCUGGAUUUAACGGUACACAUUGUGAGACAAGCCCCUGUACAACGAAUCCAUGUCAGAAUCAAGGAACGUGUCAUAUUGUCGGGUCGAACGCCACCUGUUCCUGUAAACCUGGAUUUAACGGCACACUUUGUGAGACAACCCCCUGUACAACGAAUCCAUGUCAGAAUCAAGGAACGUGUCGUAUUGUUGGGUCGAACGCCACCUGUUCCUGUAAAUCUGGAUUCAACGGCACCCACUGUGAGACAACCCCCUGUACAACGAAUCCAUGUCAGAAUCAAGGAACGUGUCAUAUUGUUGGGUCGAAAGCAACCUGUUCCUGUAAACCUGGAUUUAACGGCACACAUUGUGAGACAACCCCCUGUACAAAGAAUCCAUGUCAGAAUCAAGGAACGUGUCACUAUUCUGGAUCAAAGGCCACCUGUUCCUGUAAACCUGGAUUUAACGGCACACAUUGUGAGACAACCCCCUGUACAACGAAUCCAUGUCAGAAUCAAGGAACGUGUCGUAUUGUUGGGUCGAACGCCACCUGUUCCUGUAAAUCUGGAUUCAACGGCACCAACUGUGAGACAACCCCCUGUACAACGAAUCCAUGUCAGAAUCAAGGAACGUGUCAUAUUGUUGGGUCGAAAGCAACCUGUUCCUGUAAACCUGGAUUUAACGGCACACAUUGUGAGACAACCCCCUGUACAACGAAUCCAUGUCAGAAUCAAGGAACGUGUCACUAUUCUGGAUCAAAGGCCACCUGUUCCUGUAAACCUGGAUUUAACGGCACACAUUGUGAGACAACCCCCUGUACAACGAAUCCAUGUCAGAAUCAAGGAACGUGUCAUAUUGUUAGGUCGAACGCCACCUGUUCCUGUAAACGUGGAUUUAACGGCACACUUUGUGAGACAAGCCCCUGUACAACGAAUCCAUGUCAGAAUCAAGGCACGUGUCACUAUUCUGGAUCAAAGGCCACCUGUUCCUGUAAACCUGGAUUUAACGGUACACAUUGUGAGACAAGCCCCUGUACAACGAAUCCAUGUCAGAAUCAAGGAACGUGUCAUAUUGUCGGGUCGAACGCCACCUGUUCCUGUAAACCUGGAUUUAAAGGCACCAACUGUGAGACAACACCCUGUACAAAGAAUCCAUGUCAGAACCAAGGAACGUGUCAUAUUGUUGGGUCGAAAGCAACCUGUUCCUGUAAACCUGGAUUUAACGGCACACAUUGUGAGACAAGCCCCUGUACAACGAAUCCAUGUCAGAAUCAAGGCACGUGUCACUAUUCUGGAUCAAAGGCCACCUGUUCCUGUAAACCUGGAUUUAACGGUACACAUUGUGAGACAAGCCCCUGUACAACGAAUCCAUGUCAGAAUCAAGGAACGUGUCAUAUUGUCGGGUCGAACGCCACCUGUUCCUGUAAACCUGGAUUUAACGGCACACUUUGUGAGACAACCCCCUGUACAACGAAUCCAUGUCAGAAUCAAGGAACGUGUCGUAUUGUUGGGUCGAACGCCACCUGUUCCUGUAAAUCUGGAUUCAACGGCACCCACUGUGAGACAACCCCCUGUACAACGAAUCCAUGUCAGAAUCAAGGAACGUGUCAUAUUGUUGGGUCGAAAGCAACCUGUUCCUGUAAACCUGGAUUUAACGGCACACAUUGUGAGACAACCCCCUGUACAAAGAAUCCAUGUCAGAAUCAAGGAACGUGUCACUAUUCUGGAUCAAAGGCCACCUGUUCCUGUAAACCUGGAUUUAACGGCACACAUUGUGAGACAACCCCCUGUACAACGAAUCCAUGUCAGAAUCAAGGAACGUGUCAUAUUGUUAGGUCGAACGCCACCUGUUCCUGUAAACGUGGAUUUAACGGCACACUUUGUGAGACAAGCCCCUGUACAACGAAUCCAUGUCAGAAUCAAGGAACGUGUCAUAUUGUCGGGUCGAACGCCACCUGUUCCUGUAAAUCUGGAUUUAACGGCACACAUUGUGAGACAACCCCCUGUACAACGAAUCCAUGUCAGAAUCAAGGAACGUGUCACUUUUCUCGAUCAAAGGUCACCUGUUCCUGUAAACCUGGAUUUAACGGCACACAUUGUGAGACAACACCCUGUGCAACGAAUCCAUGUCAGAAUCAAGGAACGUGUCACUUUUCUGGAUCAAAGGCCACCUGUUCCUGUAAACCUGGAUUUAACGGCACACUUUGUGAGACAACCCCCUGUACAACGAAUCCAUGUCAGAAUCAAGGAACGUGUCACUAUUCUGGAUCAAAGGCCACCUGUUCCUGUAAACCUGGAUUUAACGGCACACUUUGUGAGACAACCCCCUGUACAAAGAAUCCAUGUCAAAAUCAAGGAACGUGUCAUUUUUCUGGAUCAAAGGCCACCUGUUCCUGUAAAUCUGGAUUCAAGGGUAAUCGCUGUGAAACAUUACCACUAUCGACCUCGACAAUCAUGGUAACUUCCACAACGGCAGCUGCUACAUCGACUUCACCCGCAAGUACGACAAAACAAAGAAUGUCAACACCAACUGUACCUUUAACAUCAACAUCAACAUCUACACCAUCCACUUUAACACCGACGACAACAAGGACAACAUCUUCAAUAAAGCCGUCGACAGUAUCAGCCAAACCGAAAACGGUUAAGAAAACACAGACAACUGCAACGUCAACGACCACUGCUGCUCAGAGUACAACGUUUUCAUCCACUCGUAGAACAGCGCCAUCUACUAGUAUCAAGAUGACAUCGCCAUCGAUACCAUCUACAGGAGGAGCCACGUCCCAAGAGACAAAAAGCACCGAAGCCUCAACAAAUAUAACACCAACACCAACAAGGCAACAUAUGACCUCUACUACAGCCUCAAAGUCAACAAGCAGCAUGGGAGUUACAACUGGUCACUCAAUUCAGUCACCGACGACAACGCAAUCCUCAGUUGUUUCACUGUCCUCACACACAUCAACAUCCCUCAAACGAUCUACUUCGACGCAAUCUUCAGGGACACCAUCGAUUUUCGAAACAAGCAAACCAAUAGCAACAGCAACAAGCCCCCAAUAUGGCAGCACGUCAUCAGAAGGACCAUCUACUUCAAAGAAAUCUUCAGGGUCAACUCUGACUCCCGAAACAAGCAGACGUACAUCAACAAGCCCCCAACAUGGCAGCACGUCAUCAGAAGGACCAUCUACUUCUAAGAAAUCUUCAGGGUCAACUCUGACUCCCGAAACAAGCAGACGUACAGCAACAAGCCCCCAACAUGGCAGCACGUCAUCAGAAGGGACAUCGACUUCAGGAGUGUCCACAAGUGCAGGCGAAUCUGCAUCUCCUAGUCUGCCAUCACACUCUGCAUCUACUUCAGAUCUUGCCGGAGAAUCUACUCACUCUGUCCAUCACACACAGCCAGCAUCCGCACAUUCAACAAUAGCAUCAACAAGGAAAGCUACACCAGGAGAUGCGUUGACAGUAUAUCUGAAGGUAUCCUACAAGAAGAUCAUCAUUCAAAAUCUCAAAUCAACUCUUCAGUCAGAGAUUGCUAAGAGGCUGCAGAACGUAAAUCCGUCAACCAUACAGAUUACUAUUGCCGUCAAACAACUGUAUAACAGUGCUGGAGAGGAUAUUACGGAGUUGACAGUGCGGUUCACAUCACCAACAAGUACACCCUUCUAUUUGUCCAAAGGCUAUCUGGAUCAUUUAAUGCCGUACACUGUAUACACGGGAUCGACACAGGAACUGAGAGACUCGAAGCCUGAGCCCAGCUCCGGGACUCCAGUUGGCCUCAUAGUGGGCGUUGUCGUCGGUGCUGUUGUCGUCCUUGUCGUCGUUGCUGCGUUUAUCUGGUACAGAAGACGGAGCCCCAUACGAAGAUCCCAUGAGAUUUGGACAGAUAAAUACAAUCAGCGUCAGAGUGCCCGCUUUGUAGAUGUGGAUGUGGAACAAGACGCCACGUUUCAGAAUCCCACAUACGGAGAACAAGAUGUAACACAGCAUAGAGACAUUGGCGAGGAUGGAACCGACCGACCAUCGUUAUAUCCAUCUAUGAGCACCGGUAGUGGUCUCCCGGACGCUGACUGAAAACACGGAACUUACCUUAAUCCAAUAUGGAGCCGAAUAACUGCUGACAUUCCAAUAUACCUUCUCAAUGCAUGUGUUGACUGUUCUCAAUGCAUGUGUUGACUGUCCUCAAUGCAUGUGUUGACUGUUCUCAAUGCAUGUGUUCCAAUAUACCUUCUCAAUGCAUGUGUUGACUGUUCUCAAUGCAUGUGUUGACUGUUCUCAAUGCAUGUGUUCCAAUAUACCUUCUCAAUGCAUGUGUUGACUGUUCUCAAUGCAUGUGUUCCAAUAUACCUUCUCAAUGCAUGUGUUGACUGUUCUCAAUGCAUGUGUUGACUGUUCUCAAUGCAUGUGUUCCAAUAUACCUUCUCAAUGCAUGUGUUGACUGUUCUCAAUGCAUGUGUUCCAAUAUACCUUCUCAAUGCAUGUGUUGACUGUUCUCAAUGCAUGUGUUGACUGUUCUCAAUGCAUGUGUUGACUGUUCUCAAUGCAUGGGUUGACUGUUCUCAAUGCAUGUGUUGACUGUUCUCAAUGCAUGUGUUGCCUUAAGGCAUAACCAGUGCAUAUAUUAACUGUUCUUAAUGCAUGUGGCGACUUUAAUGAAUGCAUGUGUUGACUAUUCUCAAUGCAUGUGUCGACUGUUGGUAUAACCAAUGCAUGUGUUGACUGUUCUCAAUGCAUGUGUUGACUGUUCUCAAUGCAUGUGUUGACUGUUCUCAAUGCAUGUGUUGCCUUAAGGCAUAACCAAUGCAUAUGUUAACUGUUCUUAAUGCAUGUGGCGACUUUAAUGAAUGCAUGUGUUGACUAUUCUCAAUGCAUGUGUUGACUGUUGGCAUAACCAAUGCAUGUGUUAACUGUUCUUAAUGCAUGUGGCGACUUUAAUGAAUGCAUGUGUUGACUAUUCUCAAUGCAUGUGUUGACUUAAGGCAUAACCAAUGCAUAUGUUAACCGUUCUUAAUGCAUGUGGCGACUUUACUGAAUGCAUGUGUUGACUUUUCUCAAUGCAUGUGUUGACUGUUGGCAUAACCAAUGCAUGUGUUAACUGUUCUUAAUGCAUGUGGCGACUUUAAUGAAUGCAUGUGUUGACAGGUAUAAAUGUCCUGACUGAGAGACACUACAAGGAGGCAGUUUGUGUGCAAUGGCUCAGAUAGUUAAUAUGAAGGAUAAGGAAAAUGCAGUGUCAGCAAUAUUUAAUGUUAAUUGCAUGUACAUAUAGUGAAAAGACAAGAGUUGCUGACGUUGAACUUUUAUGGCUACGACCCUCCUGUAUGACUGUGAAAUAUUUUCUGUCACAAGGCCAGUAUCAUUUUCAUUUCGUAACCUUCGGGUUUUCAUACAGGUAGAGAUGGGCACGGUUGCCCAGUCAUCUAAGGCGCCGCAAUUCGCUGUGAGCACGCCAGAAACCAAUGAUUGUGGUCUCGAAUCCCGGUUCGCCACGAUUAUGUUUCUCGAUUAUUCAGCACCAUACCCGUGUUCAACGGUUUCACCAAAGCGGUAAACAUAUGAGACCUGAAUCCCUUAGGCUUUCCUACGACAUUAAGCUGACACACCGUGAAAUAACUGGAAUACUGUUAAAACGGCGUGAAACCCAAUUUUCACUCACUCACUGAUACGUGUAGGUUCAACUGCUCUUUAUAUACACAUCAUAUACAGUUUGUUUAGUUCUCAUUCAAAGUAUGGUAAUUUGGGUUAACUUUCUACAUGCAGUUACCAGGAGUGCAAAAUGUCGUUAAAAGCGGAAUAAGCAAUGGACUUCUAUUCAUCGUUACAACUGGUGCCGAGUAAUCUACGCUUGUUAGAUGGCCAUGCUCGACGACUGUAUUGAUGUUUUCGUGCCCCGAAGGCUUUGGACUUUGCUCAUAAUAUCAAUCACUGGUUUGUCUGGUUCCGACCUCCUUCACAAAGCUGGGACAUUGCGGCGAUAAGCAACAAACAACGAACUAUUACGCUGGGGACGAUAUUUUGGUUUGUUUGUUCGUUGUUUAACGCCACAAUCAGCACUAUAUUCCAGCCAUAUGACGGCGGUCUAUAAAUUAUCGAGUCUGGACCAGACAAUCCAGUGAUUGAUAUCAUGAGCUUCGAUCCACGCAAUUUUGGUAAUCAGGAGAGACAGUAGAAAUGAUUGCCUAAUUAACUAUUUGUAUUGGCUCUUUAUCCGUUGAGUAUUAUUUGUGAAACCUCGGCCGCCAUUUUCUUUUUAUUUCCACAGCACCAGUCUAUUCAAAAUUAAAGGCUCAAUUAUAACGUUUGGAAUAUUUAAUGAAUUUUUUUUAUAGCAAUUGCUUAUAUCAUGAAUGUUUUCAAUACAUCUUACAUCAACAUGUACAGUUUAAAAAGAAAUCCCAAAUUACUGAAUUAAGUCGGAGAAUUAGAUGACGUUCGAUCGCAAGCUUUCUUGUUAUUGAAAAAUGUUUAAGCUAUUGUCUAAAUAUACUUCACUCACCGACCAGUUAUCGAUAUCGCAAUCUGACUUGCAAAGUGUCAAGAUAACAAACCAUGGAGUUUAUAUCAAGAGAUAAAUCUGAUAUAAAAUUAUCAGUGCGCUUAACUAAACAUAUUUGCUUCAACACUCAGAUGUGAAUUCUUUGAGCACAGAACGAAAUCGCCUACUAUAUAUACGGUUUGUAUCAUUUAUAUCGCCCACUGUUUAUAUCAUACCUUGUCAUUAAAGAUGUUUUCACUGAGAA